AUGGACAUUUAUAAGAGGUACGCCUCGGGCGAACACGACAAGCAAUAUUUCCAGAAGAAAGACCACGAGGAGUUCAUCAAGCUACGACCUUUACUGGGACAUUUUGACAAUCUCGGUCCCACCACAACUGCAAAGCCUGUGCUGUACUGGCAAGAGCUAUUCCCCAAAGCUGCAUUUUUUGCUGGCUUCGAUCCAGACCUUUUUGGCCAUGUCGUAACGGUCGUCUAUAAGAACGACGUAACCCUGAAGAUAAGUGCUAUUUCACUCACCAAGUUCGGUUGCAAUGUUUAUGAGAACCUCAUCCUCGAUGUUCGUCUGCGUUUCUGGCCAGCUUGCGAGAACUUAGAUGAGCAACACAAAGAUUCGAAUGUCAGAAGAGCUCUUGCGAUUGCCAAUUUGAAGAACCAUAACCAGCUUUAUUUUAAUACAGAAAGCUUCCAAUCACGCUGGGAUGAAACAAACGCAGGAGCUUUGGCUAGCUCUAUGGAUGUUCUUACUGGAAAAGUCCCUUCUGCACUUGGAGAUCAGCUUCUUUCACUUGGAAUGCUUCAAGAACACUGGAUCCCAUCUACGCUUAUGGAUGUGGUUUACGACUCGAAAACGCCUUUGAACGGUGAAAAGACAAUUGAAGAAAACAACAAACUUGUAUUUGCGCUAGGAAAGCAAAUGGAUCAGUUGUUUGACCCACUACUUGAAUACUCCCCUCAGGCAAUGGACUAUCAUUAUACUGCUCCUCAGAAUCCACAACCGACGUUGCUUCACGCAAAUGCACAAGUCGAAAAAGUGUUGAAUGAAUUAUAUGACGUUCAGGCAAAUUAUGCAAUGGAUUUAAUUGCUAUAUUGCAGGACUUGAUAAACCCGUUGAGAGCUAAAGUUCUCUCAACCAACUCCUCUGUGGGCAUACAGAAAGUCAACUUAAUUUUCCCUCCUACGGUCGAUGAGAUCUGUCGUAUCAAUUGCAUUCUCCAUGACUCGCUCACUCGUGCAAAACAAUACGGUUACGUGGAAAUCUUUCAAGUCUUCGAAAACAUCCUUCCGUACUUCUACAAAGCUUUUGUCAGACACGAGGCCAACCUACGGAACUUCCACUCGCGUUUGGCAAAGUUCUUAGAGAAAGAAUCAAAACUCUUGGACUCACCAGAUAUCAACAGAGGAAAGUUCUCAGCAAGGACUAUCGAGGCCAUCGUAUCAGGGUCUAUAUUAGAGCUUCCAAGAAUCAAACUUAUUCUCAAGAGACUUCAAUCUACCAUCGAAUUGGAAAAGUCCAAGCUUCAGAACUUUGAAAAUAUCGAAGACCAUGAGCAAACGCUAGUUACAAAGGCUUUUGAAACAUGUGUACAAAUUAUCGACAGUUUUGGUUACAAGGAAGAGCAGGAUGAGAAGCCUAUCAGUAAUCGAGUCUUCACUCCAUCUGGAAAACUUCUUACGGAAAUUGCUACUGAAUGGCCCGUGGAGCUUCAAUAUGGCUGGAUUAAUAGAAAGGUCAUUGGCGUUCAUGAACUCAAAGAAGUGAUUUCUACUCCAGCGCAUUCGCAAAUCCUCAUCAUCUUUUCAGACAGCAUUCUUUUCCUUGAUGUCUUUCACACUGGAGAUAGCUCUUCUAUCCUGGUACCUUCCGUAUUGAUGAAUUCAUUGGUAAAUGAAAAGCCAUUACCAAGGCUUUCUCAGUUCCCUCUGUUGAAAGUAAAAUUCUGGUGCUCAAUUUCAGAUGUUCUCAUAAAGGGAUAUCUGCACGAUGAAGACAAUUAUGUUUCCUUCAUGGCCUUCGGUGAAUCAGGAUUCAAGGAUCGUAAUGGUCUUCAGCUUAAUUCGAUGCAGAACUUUAAGGUCUUAGAUGGAGGCGAAGAAACCUUGAUGGCCUCGAUCCAAAAGGCCAAGGUACUCCACAAGGUAACAUCUUUUCAUCUUUUCAACGAUGUGGAAGGUAAGAUUCUGCGCUUUUACUGUGCUCAUGAAAGGCAAGCAUACAAAACGGAAGUUUCUACUUCACCAGUGGUGAUGCUACUUAACCUUAAUCACGAUGAAAUUGAAAGGAUCUUCGAGGACCAUCGUCAUGUCUUCUUAGUUCUUAAUGCCUCAUUUAUCAAUCACCACACUGUUCAUAUUUCUGGCCACGACAGAACGAAGGAAUACAAGGUUGAAGAGAUAGUGGGCAUCAAUGAGCUCAGAGCAUCUUUGAGGGAGAUACUUUCAAAAGCUCUUGAUGUGUUCUACCAUUCCACGUUCUUCUCAAAAGUUCUUAUUGAAGGAAAUGGGCGCUGUCUUGAAUAUUUUGUUGACCGCUUUGCUAAGGAACCUACCGAGAAAGAACUCCCCAAGGUGGAAGCUGCCCCGCUAGUACAGACGCCAGACCGCACAGACCAGAAUCAGGUUAGCAAUUCCGGCCUUGAAGAUGAGAAGCUAGAGAAAGAACAGUUGUCUAAAACUAAAGAAGAAUCGAGGACGUAUCUGGUAGAUACUACUUCGGAAUCGGGUGUGAACUGUGGGCCUCGCCUGUUGUUCAGAGGGUUGAUACAGAGAUUCAAGAGCAAGAAGCUGAAUAAGAAAGCUCUUAGUACCCGUCUUUCUCCUGAACAACGGGAACAAGAGAACAAUAAGAAGAUUCCAGAGACUGAGAUCCCAAGGGGAAAAAGACAAGUUUACAAUAGCAUCUACAAACCAACGCCUGUCCUUCGCGAGAACUCAGUGUCUUCAACUCCAAAACAAGAGCAGGAGUCCAAGCAACGCAAUGUUUCUACUAAUACUGGAUCCUCAUCACACUACACAAAUACCUCUUUGGACAUCCAGUCGAAUUUCCAAUUUCCUUUGGGAACUGUUGAUGAAAAGGCUGAGCCAGAGGAUAUUUCUUCAGUGAAGCACGCAAACAACCCCGUUGAUACGAUGAAGAAUAUCGAUGAAGAGCCAAUUGCAGCUCCUUCUGAAAAACAAACAGAAGAAAAACCUAUGGUGAAGACAGAGGAGGAAGCAGCAGAAACCCAGGUCUUGCCUAAAGCGAACACAGCUCCAGAGCCUCCACAACAUCGUGUGCAGAAUGAUAAGAAACUCUUCAACGACGGUAAUAUUCCAGCACCUCCAAAAAAGAGAAUUUUUUCCAGCCAGGAUAUUGCCAACGCUUUAGAACACAUUAAUGCUGCGGGCAUUUCGCCUCACACCUACGCAAAGUACAAGAAAUACGAGGAGUUGCCAACUAACAACUUCUAUAGCGAUGGUGAGGCUAACUGGAUUACUGUCACGAGAGAGGACUCUUCAAACCUACAGAGGGAAGUCAGAGCGAUGAAAGAAGAAGUCAAUAUGGACACGCUUGAUGUUAUUGAUGUGGGAAGUAAUGGCUCGCCAUUGCGCAUGGUACCCCAGCAGAUACGAUAUGAUUCCAGUGAAGGUACUAUUUCUACGAAUGACGGAAUCGACGCUGAGCUCAGUCAAGAAACAGUGAAGGCUAACGAUGCUAAUCAGCCUCUUGCCCCAGCAAAAGCGAUUGCUCCUUUGCCUAGUGAGCAGUCCGAGGAAUCACUUAACUCUCUUCAGUAUAUGAACGAGUUUGGUAAGAAGCUUGAUGAGGGCUUUGAUCUCGAAAAUCUGUGGGACCAAAAGUCUUUGCCUUUCACGAUGGAUACUUUGGUUGUCCCAGAGAACAAAGCAGUGCCAGAGGAGACACCAGCUCAGGAUCUUAGUUCACUUACUACAUCAUCAGAAGAAUAUUUUUCGCCUGAUGAAUACGACUACGUGACGGCACUUAGGGAUGAGUAUUUGGGCAUUGACAUGGCUAACACUGUGACCCUGUCCUCAAGCGAGAAAACUCUCAUGAAUGUUGCCAGGGAGGUUGAAAAAGAGGAUGAAGAUAAAGGUUUUCAGAUCAAGUUUGACUCGGUCGCUUAUCUUUCUGAUAUUCUCAACGGUACAGUGAAGAUUUAA